GAAGAUGACGAUUCAGAGACUGAAAAACCUGAGGCUGGUGACCUGAAGGAGUUCUCAGAACUGGAGAAGAGAGAUCCUCAGGAGUUAGUAGCUUCUUUUUCAGAGAGAGUGCGAAACAUGUCUCCAGAUGAGAUCAAAAUCCCUCCUGAGCCUCCUGGCAGAUGUUCUAACCACUUGCAGGAUAAAAUUCAAAAGCUGUAUGAGAGGAAAAUAAAAGAGGGCAUGGAUAUGAACUACAUCAUUCAGAGGAAAAAGGAGUUCCGAAACCCCAGCAUCUAUGAAAAGCUGAUCCAGUUCUGCUCAAUUGACGAACUCGGUACAAAUUACCCAAAGGACAUGUUUGAUCCUCAUGGCUGGUCAGAGGAUUCGUAUUAUGAAGCCCUAGCUAAAGCCCAGAAGAUUGAAAUGGACAAACUGGAGAAGGCCAAGAAGGAACGCACAAAGAUUGAGUUUGUGACUGGCACUAAAAAGGGUACAACAACAAGUGCUGCUUCUACAACAACCACAACAGCCAGUACGACUGUGGGAGAUGCCCAGAAGAGGAAGAGCAAGUGGGACUCAGCCAUCCCUGUAACAACGAUAGCUCAGCCCACCAUCCUCACCACUACUGCAACGCUGCCUGGCGUUGUCACCGUGACAACCAGCGCAAGUGGCUCCAAAACUACAGUCAUUUCGGCUGUUGGUACCAUUGUGAAGAAGGCAAAGCAAUGACUGAGGUGCUGGGCCUGGAUUUUUGGACUUAAUUGUCAUUGAAGCCAUUGUUCUCGGAAGGGAGGGGUAGCUUUCGCCUUUGGUAAAAGAUGACGAGGUUCUUUGAAACAAACCACAGUUCCCUCUUGAAAGAACAGGGGCAGGAGCAGGCAUGCCAGCCGUGUGCCCACAGGAACGGACCUCUGCCGAAAAUGCCUCU